UUGAUGUCACUGUUGGAAACUGUGUACUGCGUGCAAACAUCCUUCUCUGUGAUUGGCCAGAGCGUUGACAUCAUCACCCUCCGCAGCUCCUCCCCCAGUCUCCCCUGCACCAGGACCAUCACUCGCAUCCUUAGAGCAUCAGCACGCCACAGCACGUUCUCUGCAUCCAGAAGACUCCUGCUCCAUCCUGAUACAGCAGGCUUGAAGCUUUGAGAUUACAGUAAUGGAGAGCUUGCUGGAUAACCCAAUGAAAGCCGUGCUUUAUCUCAAAGAACUGACCACUAUUGUACAAAACCAGCAGAGUCUGAUUCAAACCCAGCGGCAACGGAUCGACGAGCUGGAGAGGAAGGUUGAGGAUCUGAUCGGCGAGAACCGUCAGCUGAGAGAUCCGCAUCAAUACCACCAUCAUCCGCACCACCAUCACCACCCAUCCCCGCGGACCAGCAGCCCUCAGCCGGCCGCUCAUCCGCACCAGCAUUCGGCGACACACGGUCAAGCCCAGCCGCAGCAGCAUCCGUCCAAACAGCCGCAGCAUCCUCCAGCAGCUCCCAUCCAUCACCCACAGCACCUGCAGCUUGUACCGACAUCCCCGCCGACUCUCAAAGCGACCCAGUCCAGCCCGGAGUCCGCGGAGGACGAGAAGAGGAGCCCGUCCUGCAAGUCUCUGGUUCCGCAGACUCCUUCGACACUGUGCCGGUCCGUUGGACUCGCCAGGAAAGCGGAGAACCAGACAGUUCUUCACCAGUUUUGCUGUCCUGCUCCAGACGCCCCUGAGUCUGAAUCUCAGGCCUGUGUACCCAGUGAAGAGCCACCCUCCCCUUCUCCCAUUGCAACACCAUCACCUGCUGCAUCACCAUCACCCGGGGUGACUUCCAACAGUGCCAUCCAACCCGAGGUCCACGUGGUACCUCAGUUUGCAGGGACCACCGUGACAUCUGUCGAUACAGGAGGGGGAGAUGGGGAUAGAGAUGGAGGUGAAGCACAAGAGAGAGGGAGUGCAGAGGUGGAGAAGGAAGAGGUGAGGGUACAAGAGAUUGAACAGGAGGAAGAAAAAACCCAGGCUCAACCACCACAACCAAUGCAGCAAGAGGUGAAGAAAGAGACAGAGGAGCUGGAAAAGGAAACAACAAGUACAGGAGGCACAGGAAGGAGGCCAAGCUUGCAUCACACUGCUUCACCAAUCAGAGUGCAGAGGAAUGGAGCAUGCAGCCACUCUACAACCUCCAAGUAUGAACUCUCGCUCGACCUCAAAAACAAGCAGAUCGAAAUGUUAGAGCACAAAUAUGGGGGCCACCUUAUCUCACGCCGUGCUGCUUGCAAGAUCCAGACAGCCUUUCGCCAGUAUCAGCUCAGCAAAAACUUUGAGAAGAUCCGAAACUCCCUCCUAGAAAGUCGUUUGCCACGCCGUAUCUCCCUGCGAAAAGUGCGGGUGCAAAAUACAGAGGGUAUCUCAGCUGAACGGGCGCUGGCUGAAGGCUGCAAUCUGACAAGUAUCCCCCUUGUCCGGUCCCCAUCCCUGCCCACCACGGUAGGUGGCUCCCUUACUGAUCUUGAAGAUUCCUUCAAUGAGCAAGUCCAGUCCCUUGCCAAAUCCAUUGAUGAUGCACUUAGCAACUGGAGCAUGAAGACCAUGUGUUCACUCCAAGAAGGUGGCACCUACCAGUUUAGCUCAGAGGCCUUUACUACAGCUGGUGGCAAAACUGGGUUGGCAGGAACAGUCCGAGAAGGUGGCCCCAUGGACCCUGCCACAUUCCAUAGUGGAACAGGCCAAGUAGAUAAUUCUGAGAAUGUGGCCCGGAGUGCCAGCAAGCUGAUGAUGGCCUUCCGGGAUGUGACAGUUCAAAUUGACAGCAAGAAUUUUCAUUUGUCCUCUUCCGUUAUGGAGUCCUCCACCUCUGUUUCCCUCAGUAAUUGUGUUCAGCAGGGGGCCAUAAUUACUGAAAGCCCACAGCAACCUCCGGUCAAUGAUGCAAAGGAACAACAUCAACAAGGACAGCCACCGGCAUCUCCCCAGUAUCCAGCUCCUCCACCACUAGAGUGGGAUGCUGAGGAAGUACCAGAUGAUGACUUCCCAGAUCCUCCUCCAAGUGAGGAGGAGCUUGGGGAGGAUCUUCCACCUCUGGCAAUGGAGAAACUGGAAGUUCCAGAACCAGCAAUUCCAGCAGAGACAGCAAUAACCUCUGAAAGCUUGUCUCCACCAGAGGUUGCAGAGACGCCAGUCACCCCGAUUGUAGAGGUUUUGGAAGCUAAACGAAUUGAAUCAGACACAGCGGACAACAGCUCAGAGCAGAUGAGUAGCAGCAGUACAUCCACAUCAGCCCGGUCGACUUCUGAGGUCUCGUCCAAAGAGGCUUUACAGGCCAUGAUUCUUAGCUUGCCCCGAUACCACUGCGAAAACCCAACCAGUUGCAAAUCUCCUACCCUCUCUACUGACGUCAUGCGAAAACGCCUAUAUCGUAUUGGUCUGAACCUCUUCAACAUAAAUCCAGACAAGGGCCUCCAGUUUCUCAUCUCCCGUGGGUUCAUUCCAGAUACGCCUAUAGGUGUGGCACACUUCCUGCUCCAGAGGAAGGGGCUGAGUCGACAGAUGAUCGGCGAGUUUCUUGGCAACAGCAAGAAGCCGUUUAACAGAGAUGUGUUAGACUGUGUGGUGGAUGAGAUGGAUUUCUCGGGGAUGGAGUUGGAUGAGGCACUGAGGAAGUUUCAGGCUCAUAUCCGUGUGCAAGGUGAAGCGCAAAAAGUGGAGAGACUGAUAGAGGCAUUCAGCCAGCGUUACUGUAUGUGUAACCCAGACGUGGUGCAGCAGUUCCACAAUCCUGACACAAUCUUCAUCCUUGCGUUUGCCAUCAUCCUCCUCAACACAGACAUGUACAGUCCCAACAUCAAACCUGACCGGAAGAUGAUGCUGGAAGACUUCAUCCGCAACCUAAGAGGGGUUGACGAUGGUGCAGAUAUUCCACGGGACAUGGUAGUGGGAAUAUAUGAGCGUAUUCAGCUGAGGGAAUUACGAUCAAAUGAAGACCAUGUCACUUAUGUCACCAAGGUGGAGCAAAGCAUUGUGGGAAUGAAAACGGUUCUGUCAGUGCCUCACAGGAGACUAGUGUGCUGCAGUCGACUGUUUGAAGUGACUGACAUCAACAAAGCCCAGAAGCAAGCUGCUCACCAGAGAGAGGUCUUCCUCUUCAACGACCUACUUGUGAUUUUGAAACUGUGUCCAAAGAAGAAGAGUUCAGCUGCCUACACCUUUUGCAAGGCCAUGGGGCUACUGGGCAUGCAGUUCCACCUGUUUGAAAACGAAUACUAUCCUCAUGCCAUCACUAUUGUGUCUCCGUGUUCGGGCUCUGAUAAGAAGCAGGUGUUAAAUUUCUGUGCUCAGAGUGCAGAGGACCUGCUCAAGUUCGUAGAGGACCUGAAGGAGUCCAUCGCUGAGGUGUCAGAGAUGGAACAGAUACGUAUUGAAUGGGAGUUGGAAAAACAACAGGGAGCCAAAACUCACUCCAUCAAGAACAACGGGACUCAGCUUGAACUGAGGGGAAGACAAGGUUCUCCUUCAGGCAAACAGGAAAUGAUCACAUCACAGAGCGGACAUAAUGCAGUAGAGGUGUCAAUUCACAACAGGCUUCAGACGUACCAGCUCAACGCGGCACCGCAGAGCCCUGAGAGCACCGCCCUUCUCAACCACCAGAGGGAGCUCUUCCAGCAGCCUCCAUUGCAAUGCGCCAGCCCCACACCCACACACUCCUACCAGCCCGUGUCCCUGGCAGAGAUACGACCCGACACACUCAUCCAGUGUCAGCAAAUCGUCAAGGUCAUCGUCUUGGACAAAGGCGGUCACGGACGCAUGGAGGCAUUCCUUAGCCAGAGCCCCACUCAUCACCAGCUCAUCCAGUCUGUCGUCUCCACACCAGUGCGCUCACCCGAUGGCGGAGUCAACCAGGGGGGGAACGAUGGUUCACAACCGCCCUUGCCUCCACCGCCACCACCAUAUAACCACCCUCACCAGUAUAUACCCCCAGAUCCCCGCCUUGCACUGCAGAGGACCCCAAGUGGCUCUCGUAGCCUGAUAUAGAGUUCAAACCAAUAACUAUAAAACACUCCAGGCGCACUUUUGACCGUAUUUAUCUACACAUGUAUAUACAUGAAAGAAAUAUAAUGAAAAAAAAAAUGUUAUCAAUAUGCACAUAUUUAAGGUAAGAGACAUGAAGACUUUAUUGACUUUGCAGAAAUGUGAAACAACCAAUAAGAAAAUACGAUUUACCUAAUUGCUGUGUAUUUUGAAACAAUAUGUAGUUUUAUCAAAUUUAUAUAACAGUUCUCGUCUUUCUGGACACUCUCUGAGGUUAUAUCGUUGAGUACUUGUUCUUGACAGGAUUUCUUUGGUGCAUUUUGUUAUAGACAAAAUGAUUUCACUAAAUAAUGUAACACCCGAUAACAUUGGUUUUAAUUCCACAGACACUUGCUUUUGUGCGGGAGCUGGUUUUACGUGUAAAAACACCCUUUUUGGCUUUUAUUAUCCUACUGAUGAGUCUAUUUAGUGUGUGUGUAUGUGUGUGUGUGUAUGUGUGUGUGUGUGUGUGUGUAUGUUUUUGCUAUGCUUGAAAAUGAUAUACGUGCCAAAAUGAGGACUCCCUCCUCCGUGGACUUUUUGCACUGUUGAACGCUUAGGGCUAGAGCAAACAUAUGCUUAAAACAAUGAUCAUUUAGAUUCCCUCUAGGUACACAGACAUUAAAAAAAAGAAGAAGGAGAAAAAAAAAACUUCUAAGUGAUAACAUUAGCCACAAACUGUUUCAUCCCCAACUUCUUAUGUGGCAAUGUAGGUUUUCUGUGAAAAUGUGAAUUACUUCCUAAUUUUCACCUGUCUUUGAAAAUGUCUUUUAUGUCACUCCUUUUAACUGAUAUAUGUGUGUGAACUGAGAAUGUAGAAAGUAUUAAGGAUCUUUCACAUGACUUGUCAACAUUCAAGUCAACUGCUGCAAUGCACCUAGCAAAAUUAGGAUGACUUCGGUUUUAAUUUGCUUCUGAUCUUUUUAAACAUAACCAAUGAUUAGCAGACUUAUGACUUAUUAUGUGAGCAGUGCCAAUGCAAAAAUGAAAACAAGAAAUGUUGUACAACACAACAUGAUUUGCUAUUGGUGUCCAAAUUUAGCACUAUUUAUUUGCAUGUGCUUUCUUUAUCGUUUUAGUACCUGAUACAUUAAUUCCAGCAGACUUCCACAAUAUGCUAUGCUUUUUUAGGGCAGUACAGCAUUGCUUCACCGCUGUGAUCCAGUGGCUUGACCUCAGUUGACUGAAUAAGUAUAAAUGGUUGUUCAUGAAACUCUUCACCAUGGUUUGAUCAUUAUUUGGAAAUUAAUGGCUGCCGUGAUCUCUAAAAUAUUUAUAGUUGCAAGCAAAUAGCAUGAACUUUUUGGAAACUACUCAUAAUUUGGAUGGUAGAGACAAACAUAAUUAAAUUAAUUUAAAUGCACAUGCCACUAUACCAGCUCAUUUUUAGUGUGCAUUUAAACUGGAUUUUGGGUGGUUUGUGAAUGAGAGGUUUUUAUGCUGAAAUAUUGCCAUUGUGCUAACUGUGUAGUGGAAUUUCCGUAGUGCCAGCAAUCGUUCCAUGAUGUAGCGGUGCAAGCAGUGGGACUUUUAUCCUGUUUAAAGCUCAAAUAUGUGUUACCUCUUCCGUUGCCUUUCACUGCGUAUUUACUACCUAGCAACUUCGUAAAAGAAUGCUUUUGCCUUUAAUGGUCAAAGUUCAUAGAGGGUUGUGUUAAAGUCCUGACACGAGUCAUGUGAAAGGACCUUUUAUGUGUGGCAAUGCAUCACGGCUCAAUGACGGAAAAAAGAGCCAGUUAUAGCCAGCGAAUGGCUAUAGUUCUCAUGCUCAGGAAUUUCAGAGAGUACCUGAAAGAAGAUGAUCUUUUAAUGCUUGUACUUGAAUUUAAUGUAGCAACUUGGAACGUAUAAGGCCCUUGUGAAAAGGCCAUUUGAUCCCAGCAACCAUCUUUGGACAAUGUGUGUUUGUCUGACAUUCUGUGAAAAGAAUACAUAAUGUUACAUCACUGUCAACACAUGACUCAGACAUGGAACGUGGUCUCAUAGUGUUAUUCCUUCAUCAAUAUUCACAGCUAUAUAAAGCGCCCAAGAAACACCCUUGAGCACCAUCAAACUAUCUCUGCCGUUUGACUCCUAAAACUCUUGUCUGAUGCUUUUUAAAGAGCCUUGAGUGACACUUAAAACAUCAACUGAGAUUCACAUUGUUGGCACAAAACACUUUAACCUGAAUGUUUGUCUGGUUUGAUCGGAUUUUAUCAGCUGAAUGGAAAACUGAUCAAUGGAUUAGUUUUGUUUUGCUUUGCUUGUAUGUAGCUAUCAUGUAUCAGCAUAUGAAGCAGCACAGAAUUAGUACUGAUAAAUGUUAACUACCCACCAUUUCUGAUAAAGGUUGACAUCAACAUAAACAUUUAAAGUCAACAUGAAACAUAAUUCACCACCUAUUUUGCUUCCAAAAAUAGGUGGUGAAUGUGUAAAGGAUGUGUAAAGUGAUUAAUGAUAUUUAAAGAAAAAUCCAGAACUAAACAUUUGAUUGGAUCAUGAAUCAUGAAUGGAAUAAUGGAGCUAGACAUAAAUUUGGAUUUGCCAGCACUCCAAGGGACAUGGAGACUAAAGGUGAAAUUCACCCUCGAGAGCAAAUCUGACAUUGCCUAAAUAGCUAUUUGGCUGUUGCCCCUUACAACCGUGGUGAUAUUAUCUGGGGAAAAGAAAGUCAUUUCAGAGGCACAAAAGCCAGGAAUGUGUAUUAAUUGGAUUUCAGGUUGACUUUAAUCUGUAGUAUUUAUUGUAACACCAUUGAUGUGUCAUAGGUAGCUGUGUGUCCUAUUUCCUCUGUUUUCUUCUAUGAUUGUGUGUUUGUUUCAUAAUUAUAUUGCUUCUGUUUGGAGCUCCCAAUCUGAUCUUCAUUUCCUCUUCUCAUUGUGUCUUUAUUUCCAUGUAUGGGGAUGAUUUAAGAUAACGAACACCAGAUCUUUCAUAUAUAAUGGUGAAAAACUCAACACAUGAGUUUAUUGCACAACCUGGACAUCAGCAAAUUGUCCUCUCUUCGUAAUAUCUGCUCCAAUUAAUUCUCAAUUAAUGAACUGUGCAUUCUUUUCCACACAGUAAAGGAAUAGGUCAUUCCAAAAUGGAAAUUCUGUCAUUAUUUAAUCUUCUUCAUAUCAAACCCUGUUGUUGUGUCAGAAUAAUAAAUACAACAAAAAUAAAAUGAAACUGUGACUUUGAAUUGUCACUUCAUAUCUCCCAAUUAAUGUAACUUUAUUUAUGUUUUUAUCAAUCCAGGCUAAUUGGAAAAAAUGAUGCUUUGUUGCAUCUUUGGGCAUUUCAUGUCAUUUUUUUUAAAGUAAAAUGUCCAGCAUGUUCCAUUUUCUCCAAAACAGAUUAACAUGAUUGUGCCAAUAUUUUAUUACAUUGGUUGUUGUACAUAUUUC